AUGGCCGACCAGGGGCAGCUCUCUGAGGAGCAGAUCGAAAGCUUCAAGGAAGCUUUCUUGGUUUUUGACAAGGAUGGCAACGGUGAGAUCACCAAGGAUGAGCUCGGAACCAUCAUGCGCUCCCUCGGUCUGAACCCGACCGACGGCGAGCUCCAGGACAUGGUCGACGAGGUCGAUGUCGACAAGAACGGCACUAUCGAUUUCAAGGAAUUCUUGGCCCUGAUGUCGCACAAGGUCCAGGACGUCGACCCGGAGCAGGAACUCCGAGAAGCGUUCAAGGUCUUCGAUCGCGAUGGCACCGGCACCAUCUCAAAGGAUGAGCUCCGAUCGGUCAUGAAGUCGAUCGGCGAGAGCCUUACCGAGGCCGAGAUCGACGAGAUGCUUCACUUUGCUGACUCAGAUGGGAGUGGUACCAUAGACUUCAACGAGUUCGUCCAAAUCAUGAACCAAAAGUAA